UUGCGACAAAAUUUAAGGAAGUACAGGAAGUUGUUUCUUGGUUAGCCUGGACUGUCAAGAGAGAUGGAACAACUGAAUCCACAGAGCGUUCUGGUGACCGGUUCCAAUCGGGGACUUGGCUUGGAGCUGGUCAGGCAGCUGGUACAGAAGAGUAACCCCCCAAAAUGGAUCUUUGCCACUUGCCGGGACCCGGCUGGACCCCGUGCUCAGGACCUGAAGAAUUUGGCUGCUGAACACCCGCAAAUUGUCAUCAUUGCAUUGGACACGGACGAUCCAUCCAGUGUCAAGGCUGCCGCAGCCAAAGUUACAGCAUGCCUGAAUGGAGCUGGAUUGAACCUCCUGAUUAAUAAUGCAGGGAUUCUCAAUGUGAGCAGUUUGGAGACUGAAACACCUGAGAACAUGGCUGAAACCUACAAAACCAAUGUGAUUGGGCCUAUGGUAGUUGUCCAGGUGUUCCUUCCUUUGCUGAGGAAAGCAGCUCAAGAAAGUCCCCUGAAAGGCAUGAGCUGCAGCAAAGCAGCCAUCGUCAACAUUUCUAGUGAAGGAGGUUCCAUCACAAAUGUCCUUGAAUGGCAGAAAGGCCACGUCAUUGCUUAUCGCUGUAGUAAGUCUGCUCUGAAUAUGCUCUCUAAAUGCCAGUCCUUGUAUCUUGCCAAAGAUGAGAUCUUGUGCAUUGCGUUGCAUCCUGGAUGGGUACAGACUGACAUGGGAAAUAAAGUGGGAAAAGCGCCACUGACACUGGAGCAGAGUUUGCAGGCUAUUCUGCACACCCUUGGCCGUCUCUCUGAGGAAAACACUGGCACAUUUGUUAACUGGGAAGGGAAUCUUGUUCCCUGGUGAGGCAACCAAGAACCUGCUCCACUGUGUUGCAGGAUGAUGUUCUCAUCGAAGGCAACGCAACUUUCUAUCUUCUAUCGAUGCUCUCUACACGGUGCUCUUCUGCAUGGGCUCCAAAUCUCGCUCGCUUCAGCUAAUCUAUCUGGUGCCCGUAAAACCUUGCUAGGCCAGGCUCUAUCAGGCUGCAGGACCCAAUGAUCUGUUUAGAUAUAGGUAUUCCUCAACCUAUGACCAUAAUUGACCCCAACGUUUAUGUUGUUAAGUGAGAAAUCUGCUAAGUUUUGCCCCAUUUUACAACUUUUCUUGCCCCAGUUGUUAUGUGAACCAUUAAAUUAGAAACACGGUUAUUAAGUGAAUCUGGCUUGCCUCCAUUGACUUUGAAGGUCGCAAAAGGGGAUUGUGUGACCCUCGGGAUAUUGCAAUCGUCAUAAAUACGAACCAAUUGUCAAGCAUCUGAAUGUAAAUCAUGUGGUCGUGGGGAUACUGCUACGGUCAUAAGUGUGGAAGAAUGGUAGUAAAUCCCUUUUUUUCAGCGCUGUUGUAACUUCGGACGGUCACUAAAUGAACUGUUGUAAGUCAAAGACCUGUAUUUCUAGCUUAUUUUUUGGCUGCAAGGUGAAUUUCAAAAGUUCCAUAAUGAGCUGGAAGACAUCACUUACUUGGUACAGAUUACAAUGACCUUUGGAAGAGAAAAUUAUCCAGGAAUAUCAUUAUUGUUCUGUUUCAUGAUGUUUCAAAAGCUUUUGGGGCAAGCUUUUCCCCUUCCCUUAAGGCAGAAAUUCCAAAAAAGCCAGCACAAAAAUACCGCUGGAACCAAUUCCAAAAAUUGCCGGAAUCACUACAACGUCAUGUCUUCAGCCCCAUUCUAGAAGAUGGCCUUGGUAGACACCACACUCAAUGUUCUUUAAGUUACUGCCGGCCAAGCCAAAGGAACAUUCUUUUUCUGCAUUUCAUUAAUGUCUUAGUCAAGAGAAGAAAACAUGUCACAACUUCAUGUAUCUGUAUGAAAAUUAAGUGAAAAUUUAAAAAUCGUCUGCAUUCAAAUUA